AAUAAAAUCUCGCUGUACUGUACGCAGUGCAGCGUUUUAAACUUCACCUGAUAAUCUCUCGCCUGUAAAAUCCCUAAGCCUUUCGUCCUGUCUGAGUUGUGCGACAAAAAUGGCGAACCGUACGGACCCAGCAGCGAAGAGCAUCAGAGGAACGAACCCUCAAAACUUGGUGGAAAAGAUCGUACGAUCAAAGAUAUAUCAGAACACGUACUGGAAGGAACAAUGUUUCGGAUUGACGGCGGAGACGCUCGUUGACAAAGCUAUGGAACUCGACCACCUUGGCGGAACCUUCGGCGGCAACCGGAAACCAACACCCUUCAUGUGUCUCAUCAUGAAAAUGCUUCAAAUCCAGCCGGAGAAAGAUAUCGUCGUUGAGUUCAUCAAAAACGACGAUUACAAGUAUGUUCGUGUUCUGGGAGCCUUUUAUUUGCGACUUACUGGGACUGAUGUUGAUAUCUAUCGUUACCUUGAGCCAUUGUACAAUGACUAUAGAAAGUUGAGACGAAAGUUAGCAGAUGGAAAUUUUUCUUUGACUCAUGUGGAUGAGGUAAUUGAUGAACUUCUGACAAUAGAUUACUCAUGUGACAUUGCUUUGCCUCGCAUUAAGAAAAGAUGGAAUCUUGAGACCAUUGGUGCACUGGAGCCUAGAAAGAGUGUUUUGGAAGAUGACUUCGAAGAGGAGGAAGAGAAAGAGGAAAAUGAUCAGCUUGAUGAUGGAAUGGAAGACGAGGCUUAUGAAAAGGAUUAUCACCAUGGGAGAAGCCCUGCAAGGGACAGAGAUAGGGAUAGAGAUAGGGACAGGGACAGAGAUAGAGAUAGAAGACGCGACAGUUACAGAUACAGGGAUCGUGAUUAUGAUAGGGAUAGGGACUAUGACAGGGAUCGGGACUACGAUAGAGAUUAUGACAGGGAAAGAGGACGUGGUCGAGAUAGGGAUAGGGGGAGGGAUAGAGACAGGGAUCGGUAUCGAUUGAGAGAAGAGAAGGAAUAUGGUCGUGAGAGGGAGCGAGAAAGAGAGAGGGAAGGGAGGGAUAGGGACCGUGAUAGACGAGAUAGGGAUCGUGGAAGGCGGAGGAGCCGUUCUAGGAGCCCUAGCCCCAGUAGGGAUCGCAAGAGAUAUGCUCGCAGCAGCAUGAGUCCUAGAAGACAUGCAGAGGAACCAGAGGAUGCCGGCACCCGUGCAGAGCCAAAGAAGAAGAAAGAGAAGAAGGAAAAGAAGGAUGAUGGGACAGACCAUCCAGAUCCAGAAAUUGCUGAGGCUAACAGGAUACGAGCAUCCCUUGGGUUGAAACCGUUAAAGUUAUAAUCUUAUAGAAGAUGAAAUCUUUUGGUGUUCAAACUAUGUAUACAUUUAGACAUUGGAUAGAGAGGCAUUUUCUUGCACUAUUUUGCUCAUUUCUUGUUGAACCGUGAUUAUCUUAUAUUCUGUAAAUGCUUGUUGAGGAGCUUUGUAAUUCAACACCCCAAUGCUUGUUGCCUUAGCUCUAAGAUUUGGUUCUGAGAUUUAUCUGUAACCAUGAGUGGCCAAACAAAGCCCAAAUCACAUUUUCCUGGAAAUAAUUUAUCAGAAUGUUUGAUGCUAUUGAUGCAAA